AUGCCACGCUAUGGGGAUGACUUGUGGAGACUGGUACAGAUAUUGCCAUGCCGUGGGGAUGACUUGUGGAGACUGGUACAGAUAUUGCCACGCCGUGGGGAUGACUUGUGGAGACUGGUACAGAUAUUGCCACGCCGUGGGGAUGACUUGUGGAGACUGGUACAGAUAUUGCCACGCCGUGGGGAUGACUUGUGGAGACUGGUACAGAUAUUGCCACGCCAUGAGGAUGACUUGUGGAGGCUAGUACAGAUAUUGCCACGCCGUGGGGAUGACUUGUGGAGACUGGUACAGAUAUUGCCACGACGUGAUGAUGACUUGUGGAGACUGGUACAGAUAUUGCCACGCCGUGGGGAUGACUUGUGGAGACUGGUACAGAUAUUGCCACGCCGUGGGGAUGACUUGUGGAGGCUAGUACAGAUAUUGCCACGCCGUGGGGAUGACUUGUGGAGACUGGUACAGAUAUUGCCACGCCCUGGGGAUGACUUGUGGGGGGUAGUACAUAUAUUGCCACGCCAUGGGGAUGACUUGUGGAGACUGGUACAGAUAUUGCCACGCCGUGGGGAUGACUUGUGGAGACUGGUACAUAUAUUGCCACGCCAUGGUGAUGACUUGUGGAGACUGGUACCGAUAUUGCCACGCCGUGGGGAUGACUUGUGGAGACUGGUACCGAUAUUGCCACGCCGUGGGGAUGACUUGUGGAGACUGGUACCGAUAUUGCCACGCCGUGGGGAUGACUUGUGGAGACUGGUACCGAUAUUGCCACGCCGUGGGGAUGACUUGUGGAGACUGGUACAGAUAUUGCCACGCCGUGGGGAUGACUUGUGGAGACUGGUACAGAUAUUGCCACGCCGUGGGGAUGACUUGUGGAGGCUAGUACAUAUAUUGCCACGCCGUGGGGAUGACUUGUGGAGACUGGUACAGAUAUUGCCACGCCGUGGGGAUGACUUGUGGAGACUGGUACCGAUAUUGCCACGCCGUGGGGAUGACUUGUGGAGACUGGUACAGAUAUUGCCACGCCGUGGUGAUGACUUGUGGAGACUGGUACAGAUAUUGCCACGCCAUGAUGAUGACUUGUGGAGACUGGUACAGAUAUUGCCACGCCGUGGGGAUGACUUGUGGAGACUGGUACAGAUAUUGCCACGCCGUGGGGAUGACUUGUGGAGGCUAGUACAGAUAUUGCCACGCCGUGGGGAUGACUUGUGGAGACUGGUACAGAUAUUGCCACGCCGUGGGGAUGACUUGUGGAGGCUAGUACAGAUAUUGCCACGCCGUGGGGAUGACUUGUGGAGACUGGUACAGAUAUUGCCACGCCGUGGGGAUGACUUGUGGAGGCUAGUACAGAUAUUGCCACGCCGUGGGGAUGACUUGUGGAGACUGGUACAGAUAUUGCUACGCCGUGGGGAUGACUUGUGGGGGGUAGUACAUAUAUUGCCACGCCAUGGGGAUGACUUGUGGAGACUGGUACAGAUAUUGCCACGCCAUGGUGAUGACUUGUGGAGACUGGUACCGAUAUUGCCACGCCGUGGGGAUGACUUGUGGAGACUGGUACCGAUAUUGCCACGCCGUGGGGAUGACUUGUGGAGACUGGUACAGAUAUUGCCACGCCGUGGGGAUGACUUGUGGAGACUGGUACAGAUAUUGCCACGCCGUGGGGAUGACUUGUGGAGACUGGUACAGAUAUUGCCACGCCAUGAUGAUGACUUGUGGAGACUGGUACAGAUAUUGCCACGCCGUGGGGAUGACUUGUGGAGACUGGUACAGAUAUUGCCACGCCAUGAUGAUGACUUGUGGAGACUGGUACAGAUAUUGCCACGCCGUGGGGAUGACUUGUGGAGACUGGUACAGAUACUGCCACGCCGUGGGGAUGACUUGAGGAGACUGGUACAGAUAUUGCCACGUCAUGGUGAUGACUUGUGGAGGCUAGUACAGAUAUUGCCACGCCGUGGGGAUGACUUGUGGAGACUGGUACAGAUAUUGCAACGCUAUGGGGAUGACUUGUGGAGACUAGUACAGAUAUUGCCACGCCGUGGGGAUGGCUUGUGGAGACUGGUACAGAUAUUGCCACGCCGUGGGGAUGACUUGUGGAGACUGGUACAGAUACUACCACGCCAUGGGGAUGACUUGUGGAGACUGGUACAGAUAUUGCCACGCCGUGGGGAUGACUUGUGGAGACUGGUACAGAUAUUGCCACGCCGUGGGGAUGACUUGUGGAGACUGGUACAGAUAUUGCCACGCCGUGGGGAUGACUUGUGGAGGCUAGUACAGAUAUUGCCACGCCGUGGGGAUGACUUGUGGAGACUGGUACAGAUAUUGCCACGCCGUGGGGAUGACUUGUGGGGGGUAGUACAUAUAUUGCCAGGCCAUGGGGAUGACUUGUGGGGGUAG